CCUGCAAUCUCUCAAAUCCGUGUUGUCCCCAUCGUUACCUUCACAACAACAUCAACAACUUCAGUAACUGCAGAGAAACCUCCUCCUAGAUCUCGAUCUCCAUUUUCCGAUUCUCACCCGAUUUGGUUACAGCCUACAGGUCUAGUCGGUGUCAUAUUUCGGUUGCUUCAGCGGCAGUUUAUUCCUCUCACCGACACGUGUCCGUGGACCCCACACAUUCUCACACGGUCACACCUCCCCCUGCGUUUUGCUUCCUCCAAGGAUCACAGAGUCAUGGCAACCGCGACUAUGGCGACGGCGGCUGGGGCGGCUGCUCUUUUAUACUAUACAUUGAAUAAGAAAUUGCAGACGGGUCGGUCUACGGAAGAGGACGAUGAAAAUGUGAACAAUCACGCUACAAUAGGGAUUGAGAGAGUUUCGCAUAGGAUGAUUCAAGCGCCGGCCACUUGGCUGGAGACGAUCUCGACUUUGUCAGAGACACUUAGGUUUACUUAUUCUGAGACUUUGGGGAAGUGGCCUAUUGGCGAGUUGGCAUUCGGGAUCAAUUUUCUUCUGAAAAGACAGGGGAACUUACAUGUUGGUAGCGUGUUUGGUGGUGAAGAUAGUUUGCAGCUCAAAGGACCAGAAAUAAUCGCAGAACUCAGAUAUCUCUUAAACUUGUUAACCCUUUGUUGGCAUUUCUCAAAAAAGCCCUUCCUGUUAUUUUUGGAGGAGACCGGCUAUUCCAUAGAAAAUGUUCUCCUUCAUGAGCCCAAAGCAGGGAUUUUGAAGCCAGCUUUUACAAUUCUAGCUGAUCACAAAACAAAAUAUUUCCUCUUAUUGAUUCGUGGAACUCAUAGUAUCAAAGAUACCCUGACAGCUGCGACCGGAGCAGUGGUACCAUUCCAUCACACUGUUGUUCAUGAAGGAGGAGUCAGCAAUUUAGUUUUAGGUUAUGCACAUUGUGGAAUGGUUGCAGCUGCUCGGUGGAUUGCAAAGCUUUCAACUCCUUGUCUUACUAAAGCACUUGGCGAAUAUCCUGAUUAUAAAGUUAAGAUUGUAGGACACUCUUUGGGUGGAGGCACUGCAGCACUUUUAACGUAUGUAUUGCGUGAGCAGAAGGAAUUGUCAACAACUACUUGUGUUACAUUUGCUCCAGGUGCUUGUAUGACUUGGGAACUGGCAGAAUCUGGCAAUGAUUUUAUUGUUUCUAUUAUAAAUGGAGCUGAUUUAGUACCUACGUUCUCAGCUGCUUCUGUGGAUGACUUGCGAGCUGAGGUGACAGCAUCUGCUUGGCUGAAUGAUCUGAGAAAUCAGAUAGAGCGUACAAGAAUUCUUAGCACUGUCUAUCGUUCUGCUUCGGCUUUGAGUUCCCGUCUUCCAUCCAUUGCCAGUGCUAAAGCAAAAGUUGCUGGGGCUGGGGCAAUUUUACGCCCAGUUUCCAGCAGUACACGGGUUGUGAUGAGAAGAGCCCAGAGCAUGGCUCAAGCAGCAUGGAUUCGUCCUGCACUUUUAUCCUCAUGGUCAUGUAUGGGACCUCGUCAUCGAGUGACAGCAGUUUCAAACUCAAAAGAAGCAGGAAAUUCCUCAGAACCUUCCUCUAGAAUCGAAUCGUCUGAGCCUCUUAUCACAUCCCCCACCAGAGCUAAAACUACCAUUGAAAGUACAGAACUUCCCAUAUCUUCAUCAGGACUGGAAUGGAGUUCAGAAAUCGAAUGUUCUUGUUCUGAUGAAAUGGGUCCUCACUCUCAUGGGGAUGCUUGUCUUGAUGAGGAUGAGGACAUCAUGGCCCAGGAUGGACAUGAAGACCGUAUGACUGAAGUUGAGUUGUGGCAACAACUUGAACAUGAACUUUACAAUCGGCCAGAUGGUGAGGAGUCUGAUGUAGCAAACGAAAUAAGGGAAGAAGAAGCAGCAGCCAUUGCAGAGGUCGGUGAGGCGCCUCAGAGCUCUGCUCCAGAAAUGAAGGAAGCACACAGAUUCUUUCCUCCGGGAAAGAUUAUGCAUAUUGUUACCCUUCUCUCUGAAGGAGCAGAAUGUGAAGGUGAUGGCACCAUCUCCAAUGAUACAGUUGAUGCUCAGUCAAUAGAGACUAAUAAGGUUGGGAUUUUUCUCACUCCAAGGUCGUUGUAUAGCAAGCUGAGGCUGUCACAGACCAUGAUCAGUGACCACUUCAUGCCAGUUUAUAGAAGGCAGAUAGAAAAACUGAUUAGAGAACUUGAGAAGGAAGAAGUUUCAAAUACUGAUGAUCAUUAUAAUACGGAGGUCGGAGAGGUAGCAUUAUAGAGAAUUGGACCACCAGACCUACCACAAUACUGAAAGAAGAGCCAAGUUCUUGUCCCAAGGUUUUUCCAGAUCUAACCAACCUAGAAAUUGUAAACAUUCAUCGUCUUCACAAAAUUGGGGAGCAUGGUGUUGGAACCCACAGGUGUAAUGCUCUGACCGGAGUCCUCAAUUAUGUUUAUCAUAGGUGAAAGAUCUUGGAAGGUUGUAUCACUUCAUAGCCUUUCAAAAUCUCAGUCUUUUGUACAGUAUUAAUAUUUGGGUUGAAACUUUGAUUCUUUUGUUCUUUAAUAGAAUGAGUUGAUUUGUUCAA